AUGGCUGUCUCCUCUUUGUCUGCAGGGAACAUCUUUGUGGUGAGCCUUGCUGUCGCGGAUCUGGUGGUGGCUAUCUACCCUUACCCUCUGGUGCUGUCGUCCAUCUUCCACAAUGGCUGGAGCCUGGGCUACAUGCACUGCCAGAUUAGCGGCUUCCUCAUGGGGGUCAGCGUCAUCGGUUCCAUUUUCAACAUCACCGGUAUCGCCAUCAACCGGUACUGCUACAUCUGUCACAGCCUCAAGUACGACAAGCUGUACAGCGACAAGAACUCUAUAUGCUACGUCCUGCUUAUCUGGGCACUGACCGUCGUAGCCAUCAUACCCAAUCUUUUUGUGGGGUCUUUGCAGUACGACCCCCGGGUUUACUCUUGCACUUUUGAGCAGUCCGCAAGCUCGGCUUACACCAUCGCCGUGGUCUUCUUCCACUUCAUCCUCCCAAUCAUGAUCGUCACAUACUGCUACCUGCGCAUUUGGAUACUGGUAAUCCAAGUGCGGCGCAGGGUGAAGCCGGACAAUCGUCCCAAGCUGACGCCACACGACGUCAGGAACUUUGUCACCAUGUUUGUGGUAUUUGUGCUCUUCGCCGUGUGCUGGGCCCCCCUCAACUUCAUCGGCCUCGCAGUGGCCAUCAAGCCAGAGGUAGUAGUACCACUGAUCCCCGAGUGGCUGUUUGUGUCCAGCUACUUCAUGGCCUACUUCAACAGCUGCCUUAACGCCAUUGUGUACGGUGUGCUGAACCAGAACUUCCGGCGUGAGUAUAAGCGCAUUGUGGUGUCGGUAUGCACUGCCCGGAUCUUCUUCCAGGACAGCUCCAAUGAUGCGGGCGAGCGGCUCAAAAGCAAGCCGUCACCGCUGAUGACAAACAAUAAUCGGGUCAAAGUGGACUCGGUUUGA